GCCACCCCAGUCAGGGGUGGAGGCAAAUUUCCUGUCAGGCAGGAAGCUCUGCUGUGCUUGCCUGUUGUUGCGCAGUGUGCAAGUACAGUAAAGAGUUAGUUGGUUCCCAGAGUGUUGAGGGGAUGUAUUUCCCCCACCCCUAAGAAUGCGGGGCCUGAGGCGAGGCAUGCCAUAGCCUCCCUCAGGCCAGCAGCCCUUGUGCAUCGGACUGCAACAUUCCUUAUCUCCCUAGUAACAUGGGGUGACAGCUGGGGAUCCUUGAUUGAGGCAGCAAAAAGAAACUUUGCCCAACUCUGCUGAUAUUCAAGCCAGAAGAAGCACCUGCAGGCUUGAAUGUUGCAGCUUGUUCUUCAGCUUUGCGUUGAUGACUAUGGAAACUGACUAGAGGCCCAGCUGGACAUUCUGACUUCAGGAUCAUGUAAACUUCAAGGGAUGAUGCUGAGCCCAAAGAGCCUCAGUGGGAGCAGUUUCUCUUGAGUAAUGGGCUCCUUGUCCAACCUGCAUUUAGAAACAGCUUCAAGCUGAGAAAUGAAGAGGGACGCAAACUGACAGACAAGAACUUGUAAACUCCGGAAUUCAAGAUGUCCCACACAGUCACCUUCACCUUUCACGGCUCUGACAACCGGGAGACAAACAGCCAAGACACAAGUCCCUAUGAUGAAGGUGCCGUCCAUGAUUCCUUCCACCAGCUCAUCCAGGAGCAGAGUUUUCUGGCUGAACAGGAGCAGCUGGAGAUGCAGGACCUGCCUUCCAGGGCAAGAGAGAACGCGGCUUCUGUGGCUUCUCCUCCCCACCGGACAGAGGCUUGGGCUGCAGUAGACGAGACUGUGGAACAUCCUGACUUCUCCUCAGCUACGCUCCGCAUCCUUGCCAGUAUGCCUAGCCGUACUAUUGGCCGCAGCAGAGGAGCCAUCCUCUCCCAGUAUUAUAAUCGCACCACCAGGCUGCGUCACAGGAGCAACCGUGCCCCCCUUCAGGAGGUGUCCCGCUCGGCGCGGCCUAGUGUCCGACAGCUUGAUCUAGAGCUGGACUCUAGUCAGGAAGAAGAAGACACCAAGCGUAGCCUGCUGGUGAAAGAACUCCGGGGCCUGCCGGCGAGUCAGCGAAUUAACAUGCUACAAGCAAUGCCGCUAAGUCUGGCCGAGAAGCGCAGGCUCAGGGAGGAUUCAAGCGGCCAUUCGGGCACCUUGAAGAAACCCAAGACCACGGCUCCUUUGUCGUUUUGCAGCCGGCUGAAAUACCACAUCAUUCUAGGGUUCCGGAAUCUCGGGUACAGCCUGCUGUCCCUCUUUCACAUUCUCCAGCCUUGGCAUUAUUCCCUCAAGCAGAUUAGCGGCCGCUUUGGAUCCAGCAUCCUCUCCUAUUUCCUCUUUCUCAAGACUUUGGUUAUGUUCAACCUCUUCUUGUUCUUGAUCCUGUUGGUCUUCGUGGUUGCCAUGCAGGCAGCUUACCCUCCUGACACACCCAACAGCGAAGCCUUCACAGGGCUCGACCCCUUCACUGGAGCGGGCUACUUCAGUCACACAUUGAUGUAUUAUGGCUUCUACAGUAAUUUCACACUGAAUGACCCCUGUGGUUCCAGCUCUAACGUCACAAUUUGCAGGCAGCACAGGCACAUCCAAAUGCCAUACAGUAUGCCAUUGGCUUAUCUGUUCGUCACUGGAGUCUCCUUCUUUGUGAUGUGCAUUCUACUGGUUUACAGCAUGUCCCGCUCUUUCGGGGAGAGCUACCGUGUGGGCAGCGCAUCAGGUGAGCUGGCCAUUAAAGUCUUCUGUUCCUGGGACUACAAAGUGAUUCAGAAGCGCUCUGUCCGACUCCAGAGUGAAAACAUCUGCACUCAGCUGAAGGAGUGUCUGGCUGAGCGGUGGUCCAGGUCACACCCACUGAGCUUGUGUAAGAGACUGCAGAGGCUGGCCGUGCUAGUGAUGGCCUGGACUCUGGUCCUGGGCACCGUCCUGCUCUGUGUCGUUGGGGUGUACUACUUCUCUGAGUAUAUCCAUCAGGUGCACCAGGAGAGGACCAGCAGCCCUGCUGGGAAGGGAGCCCUGCUCUUGGCUUUGCCUCUCCUGGUAUCUCUGAUUAACUUGCUCAUGCCCUACAUGUACAACCUUCUGGCUUCUUGGGAGAAGCAAGACUCUCCAGUCUUGGAGGUGUAUGUUGCCAUCUCCAGGAACCUAAUUCUGAAGAUGGUUAUUUUAGGCCUGUUGUGUUACCACUGGUUGAGUCGGAAAGUGACUUCUUCAAAAAUUCAGUGCUGGGAGACGUUCGUAGGGCAGGAGCUGUACCGCUUGGUGGUGAUGGAUUUCAUUUUCACCCUGCUGGAUACCUUCUUUGGAGAGCUGAUGUGGAGGGUGAUUUUGGAGAAGAAGCUGCAGAGCAAACAGAGACCUGAGUUCGACAUUGCUAGAAAUGUGCUGGAACUGAUUUAUGGACAGACCCUGACCUGGCUGGGGGUCUUCUUUGCCCCACUUCUCCCUGUUGUCCAAAUCCUCAAGUUGCUGCUUCUGUUCUAUAUUAAGAAGACCAGCUUGAUGAGAAAUUGCCAGUCUCCAAGUAAACCCUGGCGUGCAUCUCACAUGAGCACCAUCUUCAUCACCUUGCUGUGCUUCCCUUCAUUCCUGGGUGCCUCUGUAUUUCUCUCCUACACAAUCUGGGCUGUGAGACCCUCAGAAAUAUGUGGGCCUUUUAGAACACGUGAUACCAUCUAUGAUUCUGGGAAAAUGUGGGUACUUGAACUAGAGCAAUCCAGCCCGAAUAUCACCUGGUUUACCUGGAUCCACCAGCACCUGAUCCAAAAUACCUUCUUCCUGUUUCUUAUCGCUGGAAUUCUGCUAGCUGUUAUCUACCUCAACAUUCAAGUGGUGAAGGGUCAGCGGAGAAUCAUCACUCUCCUAAAAGAGCAAAUUGCCAAUGAAGGAGAAGAUAAGAUGUUUCUCAUCCAGAAGCUCCAUUCUGUAUAUGGGAAAUGAAAGCCUGGCAGCUAAAGUCCAACUCUGCAGUAAUGUUCUGAGGAGCAGAACAUUCAUUUCCCACCUGUCUCCUGUGGUUGACCUUCUGUCUUUUUUCUGUUUACAAGAUUUCACAAGAACCUCAUCCACUUUCAGUUGAAGAACUGCUGUUCUUAGCACUUAAUGGUAAUUUCACACCCCACAGAGAGAAGAGUGAAUUUUUUUUCAGUCAAAUCAAAGCAUUCCUAAACUACGUGAAUAAUCAAGAAGUGGAUAUUGUAAAAUAGAGAACCAACCAGAGGGAAUAAUGGUAUAAUUGUUCUUGAACUUCCUAUAAAAGAUUUCAUCAUCAUGGGACUGCAGUAAAAACACUGCAAGAAGAUAACUGGCAUCAUGUCUUUCAUCAGGAAAAUCACCAUUUGAUGCUAUUAAAAAUAAUUGGGUUCCUCCCCAUUAUUUUUUUUCAAUUCUUGAAUGACAUUGAAUGUUUAUCACUGUUUGUAAAGAUCUUAUGAAGAUACCAUAGAUUAUCACAAUCUAGAGGUCUCUGAGUAUCUUAAUCCAUGGCUCUGAAUAGAAUUGCACUUCACCACUGAA